AUGGUAAGGAGGACAAGGAGACAAGGAGACGAGGGAGACAAGGGACAAGGGACAAGGAGGAGAAAGGAGACGCGGAGACAAGGGACAGGAGACAAGGAAGACGAGGAGGUAAAAGCAAGGAGGACAGGAGACAGGCGGUCAGGAGGACAAGGAGCCCAGGAGACGAUUGGAGGACAAGGAGACAGGAGACAAGGAGACAAGGAGACAAGGAGACGAGGAAGCCCUGGGCCUCGCACAACCCUACCAUCUGCCCUGGCCUCCCCUCCCCCUGAGGCUGCAGUGCCGCCGCGGCCUCCGAGACCUCCGGCCAAGGCCAACGAGGAUCCUCGCCACACUGCGGGGAAUUCCCGGCUGACGCCCACUCGGCGCCUCAGGAAGCCUCUGGAAAGGCGACACCAAGAGCCAACUGCUGCCCUCAACCCUCGCUGCCCGCAUCCAGCCAACUGCCGGGCACUCUGGCCCUGA